AUGAAUGUUGAUGCUAAAAUCAUAUAUCUUCUAAUUUUAAUACUGAUUCUAUUUUUUGGAAUUCUGAAAGAUACAACUUUGUUCCCUGAAAUGAGCUCAGCGAAAAUUGAUGAUCGAUCGAUAAUUUUGAAAUAUUUCGAGAAUUUUCAAAAAAAUGGUGCUAGUUGGGAAAGAAAUACCACUCCUCAACCCAGGAUGAAUUUUGAUUAUUUGGUUAGUUUUGGGCCAAACUUUAGUAAUCGUAUCUCGUAGGUAGAUAUUGAAGUUUGUUAUAAAAUGAGCAACAUUAUUCAUGUUACUGUAUAUUUUUAAUGUGAACCUGUAAAAGCUAGCAUAAUUUAGAAGUAUUGUAGCCGCACUCCAACGUAGGGCGAAAAAGUUAGAAAUUCCAUAAUUUCUGCGGUUUUUGAUAUACAGUGGAUUUUAUGUCGGAAAAAUUUACAGUUAAAAUUUUGGGGCCAAUUUUUUUUAAUUCAAAAAAAAUAAAAUGUUAUUUUCAAGCUCGUGAAAACACUACAAAGGUCACAAUGGAAAUCAAAGGAGUACUGUAGAGUUUCAAAUUUUUUCAUUUUUCUAGAAAAACAUAAAUUCUUACAACUAUUCAACAGUUCCCGAAAAAUGCGAUCAUAGCCACGAUUUCGAUCCGAGAAAAUUGUCAGCAAUAAAAAAUAAUCAUGGAAAUUGUGAAGUUGUGAUGUUAGUUCGAUUCUGGCAUCAACCCGAUAUUCUUUGGUUCAAUUAUGAGAAUGCUAUGAAAAUGUGUGAUGAGGAGAGAAUUGUUAGAGAUAUUCAGAUUUUCCCGUUCACAUCGAAUUUAGAAGAAAAUGAUAUGAAAUAUUGGGCUGCAAUGCCGAAAUGUGUGAGUUUUUUUUUUGAAAAAUCUUAUCUAUUUUUUCUUUAGAGCUUGAGACUCCAAAUAAUUUUUUUCCAGAAAAUUGACUCGAACAUUCUUUUGAAAAUUGGCGGAGAAUCCGAUAAAUCUCCAGAAGAAUCGUUGAAAACCUACAUCCCAGAUCUACAAAUAAAAUAUAUUCAAAAGAAUCCGGAUAACUUCACAGAUAUUCUGAUGAAAAUCGAAAGAUCAAAUCCAUCAAUAAUUAUUGAUAUGUUAUGGAUUUCUCACGAUUCAAACAUCGACAUUCUUGAGCUUCUAAUUAACAAAACAAUUCAGAAUAUGAAUAUCGUAUUUUGUCAGAUCAAUUUAGAAGUUUCCAAGGAAAAUGCGGAACUUUUCGAAAAGUUUUUGCACAGUUCGUAUACACGAGCAAAUUAUGUUGGACUUCGACCAAGUUCGACGAGAAAUUCAACCUAUCGAAGUGGAUAUUAUCAAAAUAUUAUCGAUCAUCGGUGUAUUGUGAAGUUUUUGAAAUAA